AUUAAUUAUAAAGUAGAAAUUAAGAAGGAUAAGAACGAUAAAGAAAUACCGCUCCCUUAUAGUCUAUUCUACAAUAUAUUUCGAAAAGAAUUUUUAAUAUUAAAGAAAACGUUUAGAAACUUCUUUAAAAAAGGGUUUAUCCGCGCUAAUAACUCCCUAGCUAUAGUACCUAUCCUCUUUAUUUAA